AUGUUACAAGAUUCGGCCGAAGAAAGAGACAAGGAGAAAGAGAAAUUGCAACCAGUUACCUCAUGGAGACUCCGCCGCAGCCACAGCCACAGCAGCGUCGACGUCGAAGACCUGCUCUCUCCUGUCGGGAAUGCCGUCGCCGCAAGAUCAAAUGCGAUCACAAUAACCCCAUGGUUCGCCGCUCCAGACCGACAGCCGCCGGCCGUCAGACAGCUCGGCCCCGGACAACUCGCUCAAGCUGCGGACUUGAGUAACAUCAACGGAUCUGUCUCUGUGCCUCUACAGGGCAGCAGCUCGUCCACACCCGGGGUCGCAACAUCAGCGACAACGGCGGCGCCCCUGGGCGCAGUGAGACAACAAUUGCCAGGCCAUGACCCGGAUGGGGGAGUCACUGUCUGUGAUCUUCUGCAUCGGAUACAGAAGCUGGAAGAAUCUUCCGCAGGCAGAUCCCGGACAGAUGAGAGUCCUCUCCACGGGGCCCAUGCACGUCAGUCGCCGGCGGGGCCACAAGAGUGGCAAGCUGUCCUGAACAAGUCAAGAGACUGGGGCAGGAGUCGAUGGAUGGGCGCGGCUAAUGAAUUCACCGCCAUCAUCGCCUGUUACAGUGAGAUCAUGGGCAAGCGUAGCAAGGACAGCUUGUUUCAAGGGCUUGAAGCCUCGGCGCUGAUCUCUCAGGCCGGUGGCCUACUCCGGAAAUGCAAGAAUAGAGCGAGGAGUAUCAAAACCUGCCGAUCCACUAGAAGUCUCCCUUUGCCGGGCUUCGAAUUUGCGCCCCCUUCCCGUGAGAUGUCCGAUGCCAUGGCCAAUCUCUACUUGACAUCAUUUGAAACGACGCAUCGGAUACUUCACGUCCCUACCUUCUGGCUCGAGUACCAAAGAUAUUGGGACAACCCAGAUGGGGCGGCUCCUAGUCUACGUCUCAAGGUUCUUCUUGUCAUUGGCAUAGGAUCAAGUCUAUACGACCAUGGAGACAGAGCUGCCGCGCUUCGCAAUAUCGACUUGGUUCAGCAAUGGAUCUACGCUGCUCAGACCUGGCUUUCUGGGCCGCUAGAAAAGGACCGCUUGGACAUCUCUGGACUGCAAGUCUACUGCUUGAGUAUCCUGGCCCGGCAGAUAUUCUCUAUCGGUGAUGACACGAUAUGGAUCUCGAUCGGAUCGCUGGUCCACAUCGCCAUGCAACUCGGGCUGCACCGGGACCCCAAGCACCUACCAGCUAUAUCGGUCCUGCAGGCCGAACUGCGGCGGAGGCUUUGGUACACUAUUCUCGAAUUCGUCGUCCAGGCGUCCCUGGAUUCGUGGAUGCCGCCAAGGAUAUCCUUUGAUGAAUUCGAUGCCGAGCCACCCUCCAACAUCAACGACAAUGAGCUCAACGAGUCAACCACGGAGCUCCAGCCGCGCCAAAUGGACGUCUUCACAGCUACAUCCGUCCAGCUCGCCUUGAUCGAGUCGCUACCCGUCCGCCUCCAGAUCGUCCAGCUCCUCAACGGCUUCCACUCCGAAAUAUCCUACGACCGAGUCCUCUCACUAAGCUCCGAGUUAAUCAACGCCCUCCAAGCAUGCAACCACCAAAUUAAAGACGGCAACGGAUCGAUCCCCUUCCACCGAAACCUCCUAGACUACCUAGUCCGCCGCUUCAUGAUCCCCCUACACUACUCCUUCAGCAACCAGGCCCGCACCAACCACCUCUUCCACUACUCGCUCAAGCUCAGCCUCGACGCCGCCCUCGCCAUGGUCUCUCCCGAGCCAGACUCAGCCUUUGCCCGUCUGAUGGCUACAGCAGGGGGCCUCUUCCGCGAGGGCAUCCGCUGCGCCACCUCGGCAAUCAGCCUCGAGCUGCUGGCACAUGUCGAGACACAGCGUCUAAACGGCACGUUGCACCGCACGCACCAGUACCACGAUUUCCUCAAGCAGGCUGUCCGGGAUCUGAUCGCGCAGUCUGAGGAACGCAUCCUGCUGGGUGAGACGAAUGUGAAGAACCAUAUGUUUCUGAGUAUGAUCCUCGCUCAGGCGGAGGCGGUCGAGGCGGGAGGAGAGGUUGAGGUGUGGGUUGCGCGCGCUGCGAGGGAUAGCUUGGAGCUGUGCGAUGGUCUGCUGAAGACCAGGGAGGAUGCUGGCCCCAGCCGGAUGGCGUCGCCUGAUGAGGCGGGACUCGCGGCGGCGGGGAUGGAAGGGUUUGGGCCGGAUUUUGGAUGGGAGCCUUUCUUUCCGGAUGGGGAGUUGGGCUUUCAGAGUUGGCUUGGGAGCUAG